AUGGCGUCUGCUGAUAAUUCGUUAAUGCAAACAACAGAAAACAUUAGUUUCAUAAAAGCGAAGAGUAAACGAUCAGCAGCUUUGGAAAUGAACAGCGACGAAUCUACAAAGUCGCAUAGUCUACCGAACUGUAAUUUGGUUGGCAAACCAAAUAAUUUUCGAAGUGUUUACAAUUCAAUCGUACCUCGAGACGCACGUAGAAAGCCAAAGUUUCCCUUAAAAAGGAAGAUUAAAAACAGAGUUGACAGUGUCAUGGUCUCAGAAGACAACUUCAACACUAACAAGGAAGACAUGAAGAAAGCAGAGAGUGAAGUCAGAAUGUUGUCAGUGUCUGGAUAUAUUCUGAAUGUUGACGAGGAGCUGAAAAACUUCAGUGAAGAAUUAUAUCCAAGCAUCCUAGAUUCAAAGAGAAUGGAGAGCAUUGCAAGUGGUGGUGUGGCAUCAACAUCAUACUCAUCAGUUCCUGUGUUUCCAGAAGUUGUUCCAUUAUGUCUCCCUGUAUUAUCAUCAUCAUCACCACCAUCAUCACCAUCACUAUAUGUAGAUGCACCAGAAGAGCCUGUCUUUCCAGGUCUAAACUCUGACCAUAGUGUAUGCCCAAAGAUGAUGUCCACCGAACCUUUAGCACAGUUGGUUGAAGACUUCAGGCAAUCAGAACGGAACCCUGAAAAGACGACCCAAGUAAACAAAAAUAAUCAGACCAUCUUCGGUUGCAAGCUUUGUCAAAAACAAUUUCUUUCUCGUUCUGGAUACUUACGGCACUUGCAAGUUCAUGCAGGAAAUAAACCUUUCAUUUGCCAUGAGUGUGGAACAGCAUUCUUACAAUCUCGUGACCUAACUAUUCAUAUGCGGAUACAUUCUGGUGAAAAACCACAUGUUUGUUCACAGUGUGGUGCUUCCUUCACACAAUCAGGCAGUUUGACUAAGCACAUGCGAAUUCACACUGGUGCUCGACCUUUCAUUUGUAGUGUAUGUGGACAAACAUUUUCAAACUCCAGUAAUCUGAAUGUGCAUCGAAGAACACACACUGGAGAGCGACCUUUUAAGUGUUCAGAUUGUGGAAAAGCAUUCCCUCAACCCAGUGACCUAAAAAGACAUACGAAAAUGCACAUAGGAAGUAAGGUCUUUCAUUGUCUGGGCUGUAAGAAGACAUUUUCUCGUUCUACCGAUCUGGCUCGACAUGAGCGAGUUCAUUCUGGUGCAAAACCAUACAAGUGUGGGGAUUGCGGUGCCAUAUUUGCUGACUCGGGAAAUCUUAUGGCACACCUGCGGCGGAAACACAAGGAUCCACUGUCCAUCAAAGCAUCCAAGUGUGAAAAUUGGCUUGACAAUAAAUAGCAUCGCAUCAGAACUUUUUAAUACAGUUCAUAAAUGCUAACAUAGUUCAAUAUAUUUUCGUAACAUUGUCAUAUACUAUUGAACAGAGAUAUCAUGUCUUUCCCUCCCCCCCCCCCCAUUUUUUACACUGUUAAGAUUAAGGGGUUUACUUUUUGAAAGUCUAAUAACUGAGUUUUGAGAAAUGUGGUAAUGACAGUUCUUUAAGUACUUAUAGCAUGAAUAUAUCAAAUAUGUAUGCAAAGAUCAUGGUAUACAUUGUAAUCUUUGCUUCUCUAAUUGUCUUUUUUUCCUGAGGAUACUAGUCAUCAUGUAGCUUGUAAUAUUAAUUUCUAAGUAACUGAUUUUUCACUGCUGAUUUGAGAUUUGAUGUAUUUUGCACAAGAGACUUGUUAAAUGCUGUUAUUAGUGUGAAACUUAUUGUUUUAAAGAAAAUAAUAUAUAUGUAUUUACAACCACACCUUUAAAUGCAAGGCAUUUAGUGAAAACUGUACUUUUGCAGAAUCAAGACUUGUAAGCAUUACUUAUUAAAAGUGUAGUCAUAACCCAUUUAUAGCAAAAUUGUUACAAAGCACUAUUCCCUAAAGUAACUUUUGCAUCUUGCCAAGCUUCUUACUGUCAUUCUCCUGGAGUUGAUACACCUGCUACAUUUGAGAAAAUUAUAAGACAAAUAAAAAUAAACCAUUUAAAAUGUCAGAAAACUGCUUUUUGUUAUUAAAAAAUAGAAUGUUUUGUAUUUUCAAAAUGACGGAUAACUUGUGAGUUAUAUUUGUAAAAAUAUUUUCCUGGCUAAAUUUUAAUCCCAUUCCCUUUUUAGCAGUAGAAUUUUAGGUUGCAACAUGCUGUUUCUGCAUUGUUUGGAUGAUUUUUAAAUUGUUAUUUUUAAGUGCAAGGUUGUACACUUUUAUUUGACCAUAUAAAUGGUUUGUGAUAUUGCAAAUCGUAGUUAUUGCAAGUGUUACUUUCAGUUGUAAAUUUAUUGCCGUCUUGCACCUCACAUUGACAAAUAUGUGGGGAUGCUUUUUAUGGAACAUAACUUAUCUGCAGCAGGUGUUUGGAAAUAUCACAAAAAGUAUUGGGUUCCUUGUGCCCGUGACAUCCAUAUGAUAAUCUGAAAAAAAUGUAGAAAUGAAGCUUUGUAAUUUGGUCCUGCUAUCACUCCCUCUUGUGCAGAUUUGCUUUUACAAGGUUGGUUUUUGCUUUUUAUGUUAAUGCAGCAUAUGUUGGGCAUUUUAUCUUUCCCAGUAAGUUAAUAUACACUAUUCCACAGUAAAUCUUUUUUCUAGAUUUAAAAUUUCAACUUUGGUUGUUUGAUCCAUUCCUACAGUUCUUCUGUUAAUGGUUUAUUUAUUUUUAACUUUAAUGGAGUAAUGUCUUUAAUGGUUUCAGUGUUGUGCCAUCCACUUAUAAAUACAUAUUUUUUAAGCAUACAAGAACUGAAAAAGACUGUAUGUCUUUGAAUGCAAAUUUAUGUCUCAUUGAUCCCAGAGUAGAGAACUUUGAUAAUAACACUACUUUAUACCUCAGUAUUCUAACAGGAUCAUGUUCUUUUUCUUAGUGAACUGCGUACUGUUGUAGGCUCAACAUUUUAAGAAAGGAAAUUCCCUGAAAGAGACAAAGGAAGGUCAUUUGUAAUCUUGUGUGCUUGCACGCAUGCUUGCAUAUUCAGUGUGGAAAGUGUGACUACAAUUUAAAAUAUAAAUUAUUUAUUCAUAUGUAGUUGGAUUUAAAUGCAAGUAAAUGCAUAAAAUGAAAGUUAAAAGAUGUCUUAGACCACUUUUCCCCUCUUUUGUGUAAUAAAAUCCACUGCCAAUAGCAACACAUUGAAAAUUGUCAAUACUUUCAGGGAUGUUUCUGACAGAUAAAGAAUGCAAAUAUCUUAGAAUGCACGAUAACUAUAAUUCUUUUUGUAGGCUAAAUCUAAUUAAAGAGGAAAGAAAGUAUGAAAAAGGUAUAUAGUUACCCGUGAUAGUUCAAACUAAUGUACAAAGUGAGUACACAUUCUUCUGUCUUGAUGAUAUGCAGACUUCUAAGAGCCUAAAACGCAUUGUCUUGCUUUAUCUUAUAAUCCAGCAAAGUAGAACUGGAGUCGCUGAAGGUUAAAAAGUACUUGAGCAAGACAGGGGUUGUGGACAACAAUGUUAGAUGGAGGUAAGAUAAAAAUCUUGUAAAGAGUAUAAGAAUGGUCCCAAAACUGUUAAGUCAUUGCGAAGCUUGCAUGACUCUGUGUUUGUAUAUUUACAUUUUUUUCUUGCAUAUUUUAUUCUAGACAAGUGGUAUAACACAUAGAUAAAAAAGAACAUACAGAACCAGGAGGUUGUAUGGACGAGUGUCCAGUGGAGUUUACUUUUGCUAAGGGAGGCUAGCAUUACUGAUCAUAGCUUUACUUUUCAGGGUAAUGACAUCUUUAUCCUUCUGCUUUGCAAUUAAUUACAUACUAGAUGGAGAUAGCAAAUAGAUGAAAAAGAGUAUGCAAGAUGAUAACAAACCAUAAUAUAUUACCCCUUCCUCAAUCAUCUUGUGUUGGUGUGUAAAAUAAGUUUCUGUAUUGCAAAGAUUCUGACAACGAAUGAUUUAAAUGGCAAUUCACACUUGGUUGUUUAAAUUAGAAGCUAAAGUUUUUCAUGCUGUAGUGACAUUUUAGUAAUUUUCAUAAUGGGAACACCAGAUGUACUGCCUUGUGUAUCACUCAUGUAAAUUUAAAUAAAGGGCAAGAAUAACGCCAGUAGAACACAAAUUACCACAGAAGUGGUCACUGCCUGAAUCUGGUUUUAAUAACAUAAAUCAAAUGGUAGCCUUAGGAAUUUUCAUAUAUUUUUUCAAUGGCACUGCAAGUUUAACUGUUCAAAGUACUUGUGAUAUUACAAGAUCACUAUUUAUUAUAAAAGUUGUGCUAGAUUAUAAUAAAAAUAAUAAAAUUGUUCAACUUGUUUUUAGUUCAUAUUUGAAGAUGAGUAUAUACUAUCAUCACCUGUUAGAUGGUUUGGGUUGACAACAGGAUGAUAAGUAAAAGAGAAUGGGGAGGAAGCGUAAUACUUGCAGGUAUUAAAUAAUCUGUAGUAUCAGGUACAUAAUGACCUAAAGUGGGACUUGGGCUGCUUUAUACUAUAAUUCAGUUGUGUGCCGUUUGAUACUCUUAAUAAAGACAUCAGCGGAGACCCAUAUUUUUUUUUUUUGUUGGUCAAACUAACAUUGUGCUCACCCUAAACUUAAACUCCUUGCUGUCUGUGUCAAAUUUGAGUGAGUAUCUUCUCAAGAUGCAGGAGAAUACCUAGAAAAUGACAACAAUAAGAAAAACAGCAGUAACCAAUAAACCAUAUAACUAUUUGAAAUGUUAAUGUAUUUAAUAUAAAUUUGGUCAGUUGUUCAUGCUUGAUUAAAACAUUGUUCAUGAUAAAGCUUAGUAUGAAAUUAUGUAUUCAUAUUUUCAUUAAUUUAUAGUCACUGUAUAGACUUUAUUUGGUCAUCUGUACAUUAUUUAUUUGCUGCCAAAAGCUGUUAUUCUUCAAAGAUAUUUAACCUUUGGCACUUUUUCCUGGUUGCUCAACUCAGAAAGCAGGAAACAAGGCCUCUGCAAUCUGAUGAAGUUUGUUUGCUUGGUUCAGGUUACUGUGAUAGAAAUAUUUGUUUUAAAAUGUGGGGCCAAAUAUGUGACUAGUGAGCACAAUGUGUUUUGGUCUUUAUUACCCUUUUUGAUAUUGACAUUGCUGACAUUGUGCAUCUACAGAACUGUUAGCAUGAUGAUUUAACAAGAUUUGUGUUGAUGGAACAAUAUUUCUGUCUGCAAAGGUUAGGCCAGUGCAUCAAUGUAUUUAAGUUAAGCUUCCAUACAAACAUCAUAAUAACUUUCAGCUACUUUUUGAAGCAGAGCUUUGUUGACUUACCAAAGAUUCCAUGCAAUGGCAAGGCUACAGACUGCAUCUAUGCUGAUGGCAUUUACCUUCUCAACAUGAGUAGCUACACUCACUCAAAUCUGGAAUGCAACGAACUCUUUGCUUUGGGACCAACUUCCAUUAUUAUUAUUAUUUCUGAUUUUUUUAAAAUAGUGGAGUAAAGAACUAUAUAAAUCAUAAAAUUUAUUAUUAUUAUUAUGCUGAAAUUCAGGCUCUCGGUGUAUGUUUGCGGUUUCUGUAGCGUUUUUUUUACAGGGUCGGGUUGCUAGCCCCACGCCCAACCCUCCUCCUUCAUCCUGGCUUGGGACCGGCAGAUUCUGUAGCAGAUUCUGUGUCUACAUGGUGGUGCGAUAGAAAACAUACAAUGUUAUACAGAGUAUUCGUUAUGUGCAAACAACUCAUUCUCAACUGUAAACUGUAUUUUAAAAAAAAAUCGGUGGCUCCCAAUUACUUUAAGCCGUUGAUCACACUGAAGGGCGUGGGGUUAAAUUGGUGUUUGGCACCUAGCCAGCAAGGCUAUAUCACGGCAACUUAGCCAAAAAACAGGUGAUACAUGCAGAGAAAAAGACAGCCUGCGUAACACGAGAUCGGAACCCAGGGCAGCCAAUCCUGUGCAGCCUUCGGUCGGUUCGGCGUCGCGAGGAUUGGUGUAGCUGUUGUAGCAGCAUCAUCAGGUCUGUUACCAAAUAUCCUCAUAGUUCCCGUUUCGCUCUACAGACGUGGAACUUUGCUUGCCCCAAAAAAAAAAAAAAAAAAAAUUCCGGGCAUUCCUGUUUGGUUUCAUGAACGGCAGUUUUGUGCUUUUAGGAUUUUUUUAUUUCUUUGGUUUAACAAUUAUUUUGUCUGGUUUUUUAAUUAAGAAGAAAUGGAAAGUUUUUUUUUUAAAGUUCUGCCUUUCUUUCUUAGAGAUGCUGCAUUUCAUUUCAAAGGGAGAAAAUCUUACCAGCUUCACUUUUCUGUAUUGGAGGGUUCUAGGGUAUGGAACGUACUUUAGAAGCCAUAGCUAGAUACCUUACCUUUUCUCUUUUUUUAUGAUAAGUAAGGUAAAGAAUCGUAUCACGUGCCGUUGACGAGCCAGUUGUAACGAGUAACCGAACAAAUAAUUAAAGAAGACUAGGAGACAUUUCGAAUAACUUGUAGAAAUACUCGCCGCUGGAUAAGAUUAGGACUUUACGAGUGAUUGAAAGUAAUUUGAGAGUGAUGAUAUUCACAUUGUUUAAAAAUUGCCAACAAGAUGACUACUGAAGUCGUUGCGUACCUCUCACAACACAUUCACUCUCACACCUGUGUAUGCGCACGCGCACACACACACACACACACGUAUUUACUGUUUAUUCUUCUUCACAUCAGUUGGUUUUGUCGUCCAUUUCUUUCUUUUUAAAAUAAUUUGCUUGUGUGUGUCGUGUGUAUGCGUGAGCCUUUCUCCUGUGCGAUUAAACAAUACAAAU